AGUGUAUUGAUAAAUUCUGAGCCCAUGUGUUCUCUUAAGUAAUCCGACAUGGCAGCAGUGCUGACUUACUACUUCGCGCUAUAGUUUCUAUUUGACUGCGACGCUCAAAACAGCUUAUAAUCCACUGCCCUUAACGCAUUAUUCUCACAUAAAUAACAUUUCAAAAUGAAAUCCUUGAUUUAUUUAUUAAUUUAAACUAGAAAUUUGUUUGUUUUAAUUUAGUUAAAUUUAAGUUUAAAACGUAAAAAAAAAUUAGUGCAUCAAAAUUCAAAAAUGGAAAAAAGUGCUAGCAUCGAUUUCCUUAUGGAUAAUUUAGGUAAGAAAUAACAUUUAAAAUUUAAAUACUAGUUAUUAAUAAAGGCACCUAAUUUUACUAUUAUUAUUAUUUAGGUUUGGAUAGUAAACUAAGUUCAAUUUUAAACAUGUUAUUACAUAGGUAUUUAAAGUAAAAUAUACUAUUAUUUUAAACACGAUUGUACUGUAAUAUUUUAAAACUAAUAUUAUUCUUUAAAAAAUAAAACUAACCCAGUAAGGUUUAAUAAUCCUAUGCUCUGAUACUUAAGCAUAAUAUAAAAUAUGUAAUUUAUACUUUAUAAUUUUCAAACAUCAAAGAAUAUUAAACCUUGGGUAAUAAAAUGUAUGUUUUAUUUGAAUGAUUUUUUUGUGUGUAUAUAGGUAUUUAAGUAUAUAAUCCAAAUAAUACUUUAAAUAAGUAAUGCUUAAAUUUAUUCAUUUUGAACAUUUUUACUUUUCAUUAAAAUAUGUUUAUAUAAAAAAAGAGGCUCUACUCGGUAAAUUAAUAAAUUAAUGAAUAUAUACAUACUGGUAUUGGUUAUACCUAAUACCAAUAUAUAUAUAUUUAUUUAGUAUUAAUAAUAUAAGAAAUGUAAGAAAACAAAAUGACUAUAUUUUUGUAUUAUUCAUUGCAAUUUUAACAAAAUAUAAAUAACAUUUAAGUAAAAAAUCAAUAUAUUGACUGGUAUAAUCAACUAAUGAGUAAGUAUAAUUUAUUGUAUUACACACUAAAUAUGUAGGUAGGUAUAUUAUAGUAUAGGUACUUAUAAUAUAAUUUAUUAAAAAUAUGAUCAAGGUCUAAAAGUUCAAUAAAAUAUGUAUUAUUCUUUCCCAGUUUUAAACAUAAUUUUAUUAUAAUGUAACUAUAAAUAUAAUAUAUAUUUAUUAGGUUAUCAUAUUGUAUGUACAUUAAAAUGUAUCUAAUGAAUAAUAAUGACCUUAAUUUUAAUGAUUAGUAUACCUGUAGAGUUCCUAUAGUUUAUAAUCUACAUUAAGUUAUUCAUAUUACAAAAUCAACUUUAUAUCUAAUGAACACGUGUUUUUAAUCUAUGUAUAUAUAUAUAUAUAUAUAUGUGUGUAAACGAAAAUUAUAUUUACUAUAGUUAUCAAAUACAAAUGAAUUUAUUGUAUACCAACCAAUUUAUACUUUUAUAAAACAUUGCCAUUAGUGUUUAAUUUUAAGGUACCUAUAAUAUAAAACGAAAUUCUAAAAAAUAUCGGAUCUGGUAAUCGUAUAAAAUAUAUACCUACUACAGAUGUAUGUACAGGUUGUCUACUGUUUGAUAAAAAUAUUGUAAUUGAUAGUCUGUUGCUAAUUAUUAUUAUUUUAUCUUUGUAUAAUUUAAAUUUAAAUGCGAUUUUUACAUUUUAAAUAACAUAUUUAAUUAAUCUUUUUCUCUUAAAAACCUUAUUAAUUAUUGUAGAUUGAUUCAAAAUAAUGGUUAAAACGAAACGGAAGUCAUUAAAAAUAUCAAUACCUAUACAAUAAAUAAAAUGUAUGUGUUAUAUAUAUAAUAUAUUUAACACGUUUAAAAUAUAAAUUAAAAUGCGUGUACCUACAUAGUAAUUUUACAAGAUGAAUAUGUAACGAAAAUAUAACUAAACUAGAUAAUGAUUAGGUAUUAUAUAGGUACGUAUGGUUUGUAAACAUGUAAUUAUUAUAUAAAAGGUGCAUGUGGGUUAGAUUACUAAAAAAAAAGGCGUAAUACCUAAUCAAAUACUUUAUUUUGUUGCGUCAUUAUAUUUCAAUUGAUAUAUAGGUACCUAUAAUUAUUUUAGCAAUAGCUUUUGAGUAUUUCUAAUUUUUAUGUCACUCUAUAUACAUUUAAAUGGAAUGAAGCCAAAUAUACUCCAACUAACAUCAAUCGGCCAAAAUACAUUCGUCACAAUUUCACAUUGACGCAAAGCAAUAUAUUACAGGGUUAGCUUUGUUUUCUUAUGAAAAAUUCCUUUAGGGCUUCGCUGACCGUCAUAACUGCGACGUUGGUAUAGAGAAAUCAAUCAACUAUGUGUACCUACCUACAAUUUUAUUUUCAAAUAAAUAUAAUUUAUAUAGGUACGUAUAUUAUGCAUUUUGUAUUACUGAUGUACCUACUUAUUAUAUUAUAUUUUGUUACAGGCGUCAUGCACAUAAGUAGGUAAAGUAACUAACGAUAUAAUAUAUACAUCUGUCCGUGUAGUUAUCUAUUAUUUGUUUAUGUUUUAUUCAUAAAUUCAGUUAGUAUACCAAUCCAACCAAAUAACGAAUUAAUUUAAAGAAAUCUUUUGCCAUUGUAAACUCAGUUAGGUAAUUGUUGAUAUUAUAUUAGGUAUUAUAAUUUAUUUAUGUAGAACGAAUUUAAAGUUAUUUGUUCAUAUACAUAGAUAGGUAAUAGCUAUUAUAAUUAUUUAGUAUAAUAAUUUAAAAAAAAAAACCAUUGGUUAGUUUUUUAGUUUAUUAUAUAUAGCCAUUAGCCAAAUUAUAAAUAUUUAGAUGGAGGAUACCAUAUCACCCCUUUAAAGUAUUUACAAAAUGUCCUACGAGGACUUAUUGCACUGGAAAGGGGAAAUAGUCCUUCCUCUAUAAUUCUUUUAAACUUAUAUUUUCAUUCAAUAAUAUCUAUAUGAAAGUAUUAUGGAUAAAAGAUUCAACAUAUUUUAUUUAUUAGAAAAAUAAAAUAAGAAUGAAUAUCCAUAACUCAAUAAUUCCCUGGAAUAUUUUUUUUAGAUUUUGAGAUAAGUAUGUUUUGAAAAUGUGAUUAAAUUUUUAACAUCAAAUAAUAAAAUAAUAAACUAAAAACAAAAUUACUAAAAUGGUUAAUACUCGUAAAUAAAUAUAGUAAAAAAAUAUAUAAAUAGAAAUGAGUCGUGUUUUACAUUUUGACUGUGAUAUACCUGAUGAUGAAUUUUUAAUUCGAAACCGAUCGUAUUACACUUAUUAUAAUACUCCAGGCAACGCAUUUAUUUAUAUAUUUUUUUAACAUUAAUAAAAAUAAGCUGAUGGUUGUGCUUUUGUUUUUGGUAGAAAGUUAGGAAGAUAGGAUUCAUAAAUUAAUUUGAUUUAUUUUUGAAUUAUUAGUUAUGUAUGAAUUUAUAUCUGUACGUAAUGAUAAAUCAUUGAAAACGAAGAAUGAUUCUGAACGGAGUUUGAUUGAAUAUAAUAUUGUUAAAUGUCAUGAUUUUUUACAAUUUUCAAUAAAAUUUUAACUAAAAAAAACGACUACAUUAUAAGUCACAAUUAAUUUCACAAACUACUUAUAUUGGCUUUUUGUAGACUUGAUCAAAUUUUCAAAAUAUUAUAUUUCUAGGCUAUUUAAAGGUAUUUUAUAUUUUCAUGCUUUUAUAUGUAUUUUCAUUUGGUAGGUAUCUGCUAUUAAAAUUAUAUGACUUAAGAGCAAUGCUUCCAAAUUUAACACAAGGUACAUUAUUAGUUGUACUUAGUAGUUUAAAAAGAAAUUUGAGUUUAAUAGACUAGUUUUUUUUUUCUUCAUAAUCGCAUUAAGAUCAAAUUUUGACGAAAAUUGUAAAAACUAUGAAAUUUCAAAAUUUGAUAAGACAGAAUUUCGCUCCAAAUCAUUUUUCAUUAUUAAUGGUUUAUCGUUGUGUACAGGUAUAAAUUAAAUAACUUUAUGUAUACUACUUCCUACUUACAACAUUAUCCCCAGUAUCAACUCUUUUUUUUUGGAUUGCGUAAAAAAAAAAAGUGAGGUAAAAAGGUCGAAACCAUUUUGUUUUGCCCACGAAUCUUGAACGUAUAAAUAUAUGGCCAUUACUAAUUUAAGUUUGAGAUCACUGGUUUAGCUCUUCUCAACAUAAUAACAUAAAAAAUACAUUAAUGCGAUUAUUAGAAACUUUUAUCGUCUAAUAACUACAUUUAAUAUUCCUACCAUUGUAUAUUUUUGGAUGAAAAAAUAUUUCAACCAGAACACAUACUAUAAGCACAUUAUAGGUAAUAUACAGUGCAAAUUGUAUCUUUGUUUUUUUUGUAAAAUACAAUUGAGUAACUUGCAUUGGACAAUAUUUUAAACAAAAACUUAGAAAUAAAUAAUAUUUAUUUCAAUUUUGACGAUAGCUAGUUCAUAACUUCAUAAGUUUAAAAUAUGUAUUAAAAAUUCAAACAAAUGAAAUCAGAACUUCAGUGCAUCAACUUGACAAAAUUUCCUACCAGAAUCCAUCACUAAAAUUUAUGAUCGGUGAAUGAUUUCUGGUAGAAAAGUUGUGAACAAAAAACGUAAUUUAAAAAAAAACACACACAUUAGAGUAAAACCAAGUUACUCUCGUGAGUCUAAAAAUGAUUAAACUGCAUAAUAUAUUGUUGGUCACUUGGGUUUUUCUUAGGAUUUCGCCGCUUUUGGUCCCACUAGGUAUAAAAUCGCCUUGGUAAGUACAAAAAAAAAUGGAAAUCCUUUGCAUGAUGGGUGGGCCACUCUUGUAAGUUAAAAGUUGGAAAGGUGAGAUAUUGAGAGAAGUUUAAUAUAUCUGUUCGCAACUAUUAAUCUUUACGAUUCUGAGCGAAUUUCGGUUAAAAAAGUUUUAAAAGUCCGUAAUAUUUACGAUUUUCGUCAAAAUUUGAUAUUAAAAUUCUUAAAAAAAAAAUACUACAUUAAACUCAAAUUUCUCUUUGUUAAACCAAUACAUUCCUCGAUCCGCUCAUAGUCAUUUAAUACUCCAUGUCAUAUAAGGAAAGUCUUCUAAAAAUAGAAAAUAUUACAAAAGUAAAUUAUCGAUAUCAGAUUCUAUUACAAAAAUAAUUUCCAGUACCUCUGUUCUAAUUUUUUCUAUGAAAAAUGACUAUACCAUAGUCUACAUUUAUUAUGAUUCUGCUAUCAAUAAAUAGAAAUUUAUAACUUAGUUUUUUAUGCAGCACAAGCAUCAAUUAUUUAACUAUUUUUUGUACAUUUUAUUUGUUUUGUUAAAUAACAUAAAAUAACAUGUUUCAUUUUUAACACGUCAGGCAAUUCAUAAGCCAGUCUACCUGACAUUUGCACGAUUACUAGGCAGGUCAUUUUACAUCUGCCUUUAUUAUUGUAAAUUAAAAUGCAUAAUUUAUUUGUAUCAAAGGUUGUUGAUUUCAUUUUUUUUUUUUAUGGAAAAUGGCUAAUUUGAAGUAAUUAUUACAUGAAAAAUUCUUCUUCCUAAGUAUUUUUUCUAUUAGAAUAGAUAUUCGUAGAAUUCGAUUUAUGUUGUAAAUAAAUGUUUGCAACUAAUUAUAAACUUAUGCAAAUUUAAAAUGUUUAAAUAAGUAAUCAAAUAAAAAGUUAAUUGUUGAAACUGUUGAAUAUAUGGUUCAAUAUAUGGUUGAAUGUAAAACUAAUAUCAAUACGGUCAAUUAAUGUAUUCGUGAUUUCAACCAGAAUAGUUUUACUAUUAUUUUGCAUAGGUAGGUGCUCAUAUUACUUGGGUAAGUAUAGUUUUUAAUGUAAAAAAUGUGAAUACAACUGUUUCAAAUUCGUAUAAAUUCUACAGAGAAUUAUCUUCAUUUAAACUAUAACCCGCAGUAGUUACUAGUUGCUGUAUUCAAUUUAAAAUUUGAAAAAUAAUUUGUUAGCAAACGAUACAAAUUACAGAGUUUUUUUUUUAUCAUCAUUACCUAUUAUUAUAUAAGUAGGUACCAAGUGUUUAUAUGUGCAACGUACAAUGACACCGUGUGUUACCUAAAUAAUUAUUAUACUUUUAAAUUAUCAGUUUCACAGCACAAAUAUGUAUGAGUAUAGUGCACAUUGAAUACACGUAUCAGAGUUAUAAGUUUUUAUUAAAUAAAUGAAAAUUUAACUGAUUACUAUUUUGGAAAUUUUUAAUUUUAAAAAAAAUGUCUGUUAUAAAACCUAUAAUUGUUAUGAUAUGUAAUGAUACCUACACCUAUGUAUGUUUAUUAAAAAACUAAUGUUAAACACGUAUAUCUGCUAAUUAAAAACGUAUACAUCAUGAUUAACUUUAAACAUCAAUCUUUAUUUAAUUAUUAAGUAAUCAUUAAGGUACUCAUAUGUUUAUUUUUAAUGUUGUUAAUUUUUUUCUAUUAAUAUUUGAUUUAUUCUAAUAAUUAUGGUUGUUAAAAAAAAAUUAAAAUUUAACUAUAAAUACAUUAUAAGUUUACUAACACUUAGUUUAAAUUUCAUAGACUUAAGAACAUUAUGGAGUGAAAAGUUAACAUUGAUAUUUUAAAAUUAUAUUUUCCUAUUUUAUGUCCAUCCUAUAUACUAUAUAUAUUUUUGUAACAAUUAAAACCACGCAGUAAAUAAAUUAUUAAUGUAGAUAAAUUUUUCUAUAUAAAAUAAUCAAAUUAAAACAGACUUUCUAGGAUAAUGAGGAAAGGAACUGAUAUUAAUAAUUAAAUGUAUACCUGCAACGAUAAGCCAUUUCGUAAGCCAUUGCUUACGAAAAAACGAUUCUGAGUGAUGUUCAGUUGAUAAAUGAUAUUUUGUCAAAAAUAUAUUUUAUUUUAUAGUAAAAUAAUUAAAUAGGCUUUAUAUAUUAUUUUUAAUAUUAUAUGUUUAAUGUUGUACCGAUUUUCCCAGUUUUCCUAUGUUUUUCAUAUUUUCCCCGGUUUUUCUAAUUUACUGAGAAAACUCUUGGGAUAACCAAAAAAUUAUCUCUGAAAGUGCUUCCCUAGUUUUUGUAAACUUGCCAAUUUUGUCAUGAGACCCAAUUUUGGGUUUCGCCAAACUUUUUUUGAUCGCCAUGAGACCCAUUUCUGAUAUAACAUAUUUUGUUUUGUUUGAUAUCUCGGACUUGUUAUCAUUUAUUAUGGUUUAUAUUUCAGAAUCAGAUUGUACAGUGUCACCACAAUUAUUUUAAUGAAAUUUAUUACCGUGGCAAUUUUGGCCAAGUGAAAUAUCACGGCAUUUCAGGGAAAUUUACCGAGAUCAAUAUUUGGGUCUCAUUUUUUCGGUUUUUCAAAUUUGAUAAGAAAAAUCUUGAGAAUAUCGAAAAAUGACCUCCCUAAAGUACCUUCCCACACCGAUUUCAGAAAAGGUCCGACACUUAAAAAUUUGAGCAAGUCUUCUGAUAGAAAAGUUGCGCACAGAUAAAAAAAAAAACAUCUUUAUAAAACUAUAAGCUUCUUCGCUUCACUCAGAAUCUAAAAUUAUACUAUUAACGAAUAAAAUACAAUUAAGUGGCCAUUGCAGAGAUAAUGACUAUUGGUGGUGACAGCUUUAUAAUAUAAUAUAUCAGGUUUAUACUCGAUUUAUUUGCGUUAUUAUAAUAACUUAUAUGUUUAGAAAACUUCAGUAUAGAACUUUAAGAAUUAUUUUCUAAUUUAGAUCAAUAUUAUGUAUCUUUAAUUAUAUAUUUAAAAAAAAAAUUAAUUAUAUUGAGUUAAAAUAAAACAUGAUUAAAUCUAAAAAAUACUUUGACAAAUUGUUUUAUUAAAUACCUAGAAAAUACUAUUAUCGAUAAUAAUAUAAAUUCUUUGAUUAUCAAUUAUUACACGAAUUCUAGAAUAAGUUUAACAUUUAACUAUACAGCAAUAUUUUUUGUUCAAAAAAACUUAUAUACAGAUUAAUCCACUAUGCAGUACUAUAUUCAAACUAUGUAACUCGUACGAUGAAUUUAAAUAAAAGUUAUACUUAUCUAUAAUGGAAUACACAAACAAUGUGUAUAUUAUUAUUUUUACAUGCAUACUUGUCAGAAUGAAUCGUAUUGUUAUUUUAUUAACAUCAUUUUUUUUUUAAUAGCUAGGAUACCAAGUAUCAACUUACUGUUUAUCACAUUUUAACAAAUUGUUGUCUUCGUAAUCAAUAGUGUUGAUUAAAUUAUUAUAGUUAUUAUAUCAACAUUUUUUUUUUUAAAAUGUAAUUACAACAUAAACGUCAAUUAAUCAGUAACUUAAAAGUAAUAUCAAAUAAUUUUAUAGACCUAUCUAGUCGAUAUUUUAAGUUAAAUAAAUACCAAAAGCAUAUUUACGAUUUUGGCACCCUAAGUAUACACUUUUUAGCGCCCCAUUUCUAUUUUCAUUUAAUAACAUAGGCAUAAUUACAAGAAGCAAAGUAACGUAGUUUCUCACAGUACCCUCAAAUAAUUAAUUAAAUAUUAAUGAAUACUUACAUUUUAUACAUUUCCCCGCUUUUCCCCGGUUUUUUCCAUUUGAUGAUAAAAAUCCUGGGAAAAUCAAAAAAUUACCUCCCUAAAAUUUUUUCCCAGUAAUAUUUCCUUUUAGAAAAGUUCUCUCGUUGUAAAUCGGAGCAAAAUUGCUGGUAGAAAAGUUGUUCACAGGAAAAAAAAAUACAAAUCUUUGUAAAAUCAUAAGCUUUUUCGCUCUAUUCAAAAUUUAAAAAUAAAUUAAAUACAUACUUUAAAUUUCUUCUUUAUAAACGGUAAGUGUACUCAUCAACAACAGGGUAACAAAUAACUGGUUUACAAAUUGUAAUGUCGUAUUUACGGAUUAACACACAAACUUUACAGAUACAAAUGAAAUCAUUUUAGAUAGAUAAUAUUCAUAUAAAUACAGAAUAGAUAUUAUAAAAUUGAGGUUAUGAUUUAUCACAUUUCAAUAUUAUUUUUAGUAGCAUGAUCCAACUGUGGUUAGUAGUAUUGUGGAAAUAGAAUAUGUUAUAAAUAUAUUUUGCCUUGUUAUAAAUAAUAUAAUAUGGUCGAACAAACUCUAAAUUUAUUAAUUAGUACAAUUUUGUUUUGGUUACAAAUACCUGGAAAUAAAUUUCAUAAUGAGUAAUCAUGGACAGAUACAUAAUUUAUUUAAAAAAUAUAUAUAUAUAUAUAUUAUUUUUAAAUAGUUAAAUGACAUUAUUAAUGAAAUAUUUUAUAUUCUCCUCUAGAAAAAAUGCCUAUGAGAUACAUUUAAAUUAUAAGACUAAAAUUACUAUAGUUAGUAUAUUGCCAAAAAAAAUGGUAAUAAAAAUGAUCAUAGAGAAAAAAAACCAUACAGGAAUAAAUGACCUUAAUAAGAUUUCGAAGGUGCGAAGGUUCUAUUGGUUGUGUUUUUUAUGUUUAUUAUUUUAGAUUCGGAGCAUAGGGAUUUAUUGGCAAUAUAUCUACCAGAAAUUUUGAUCCGAUGCACUUUAUUUGAAAGAUAAUUUUCUCUAAUUGGUGGAUUAAGGCGGUAAUAUUUUGAAUUUCUAAGGAAGUUUCAAAAUAAUUUGGAAAAACCGAAAAGAAAAUUAUAGAAUAAAUGGAAAAUAUUUACGGUACGUCGUGACGUAUCAAUUGUUUUUAAUUUUUGCAAACGAUGUUUUUACUAGACAUUUUUCUCCAAUUGAAAAACUAUAGGAGAUUAAUUUUGUUCUUUUUAAUAAUAUAUAUACUGACAUAGAAAAUCAAUUUUUCAUAUCUACAGUAGUGUUCACAAUGAUUGAGAAAACCAAAAAAAACGAGAAAUAAGUUAUUAAAUAAUAAAUUUGUUCAAAUUACUGCACAACGAUUUCAUUAUUUUAAAUUCUAUAUUCUUUGUGAGUAAGAUAGUCGUUUUUUUGAUUUUUCGAAUAGUUUUCUGACGCGCUGCCACUGGUUAAAAUAAAAAUAUGUUGAUGGAACCACGGAAACAUGGAAUCCCAUGUUAAUUACAAUUAAUAUGUUGUAGCAUAUAACAUUAAUUUACAUUAGAUUAGGUACAUGAUUUUAUUAUUUUUAAUAUUCUUUCAUUACUACACUUUAUUAAGUUAACAUGGCAUAAAAAAACCUUUUAUUAUAUUUCCCAUUCUUCAACAUCAAAAUGUAUAAGUCAAAAAAACUGACUGACUAUCAUAUCAGAACACAGCCUAACCGUUGCGUCUAGACACAUUGCACAGAGGUUCCUACUACAAUACAAACAAUCGUUAAUAAAUUGAUUUCCCAAAUUCAACCACCAAUGAGUUAAAACGGGGUGUCAAAGUUUAUAUGGAAAAAAGUUAAAAACACUUUAGGUAAGUAGGUAUAAAAUAAUCUCUAAUAAAUUUAAACUAAAUGCCGAAUGGAUAAUUCUAGUUCUGUACACUAUGUUUUCCUAACUUUAAGAGAAGGUAGAAAAAAGAGUAAUUUUAACAUAAAAUCAUUUAGUAUUUUUAAGUUAGUUAAUAAGAAUAUUUUAAAACAUCUGUUACCAUAUAAUUGUUUCAAGUACCUUUAUUCAAGUUUUAUCUACAUCAUAUUACCUUUUAUACACUUAGUGUAUACAACAUACAUUAACAUGUAUUCAACAAAUAUUUUCUCGUAAAUUUCACUGUGUCUAGAUAUCUGUUUUCAAUCUUAUCAAAAAAGACUAAAAAUUAAAAGAAAAUUUUUUUUUAAAUUUAGCAUCAGAAUUAUGAUUCAUAUAUGAUAGGAUAUCUGAUAGUAUAUUUAAUGAUUUUGUGAUGGGCGAUGUCCCCAUUAUCUCUGAAUACCUGACUUUGCAAUAUUUAACGAGAUAAUGAGUGAUGUCUUACCCAGAAUUGAUCACUCUGUAUAUUGAUAGGUAAUCAUUUUUAAUAUCAUACAAAUCGCUACAGUUCAAACUUUAAUAAGUAGCAGUUUAUUGUUUUUAAACACUGAUUAGCAAAGCACUUUAAAUAUUUUUUUUUUUUUAGAUCCUUGUGUAAACAUUUUUAUUGACAAUAACCUUCAUAAAAAAAAAAUAAAAAAGGAUUAGUUAUAAAAUUAUUUUAUUUAUGAUUUUGUUUGUAUUAUGUUUAUACUUAUAGGUAUUUGUUUUAAUUAGGCACUUUAGUUAGAGAAAAAUAAUUUAAAUAUGAUUAUGAGUUCAUAUUUAAGUUUUCUAUAUGGUAUUUAUGAAUAUUCGAAGUUUAAAAGAAUAAAAGAAUACAGAUAAGAUAUUUUUUUAAUUUAAAAAUCUAAUUAUAACUUGACAUGCUUGUUACCUACAUAAUUCAUCAUAAAACAUUAAGAUUAUUCAUAUAUUAGCUACAUUUUCUUAUAUUAUUUACGAAUUAAACAUUAAUUAUAUAUACUAUAAAUCCUGAUAAAAUAUCUGUAGAUUGUACCUGCAUUCUCAUUUUAUUUUAUACGAUUUAACCCAAGUUAAAAAAAAAAAUAUAUGCAGACGUACCUAUAAUAAAUAGAAAAAUUUGCAAGGGAUUUUUUUCUUCUUCGAUAGCAUUCUACAAGUCGUAAGCAUUUAAGCAAGCGUAUUUUUAUUAAUAUUUCUCCAAACUUCCCUGUUUUAUAGCUUCGCAUGAUCUGAUUUCUAUUAGAUCUAUGAUUUGGUCAAUAAAUUGAGUAGAAAGACGUCUUCUAUUUCUUUUGCCUUGCCUUUUAUUUCCUUUGAUAUUGAUUUUUUCAAGACCAUAUCGUCUUAUAAUAUGACCAACAAAUUUGAGAAUUUGACAUUGUAUUGAGGGGAGAAGUCUUCUAUUCUUUUGUUUGUUUAAAUCUUCUAAUAUUGAUGUUUUUUUCUAUAAGCUGUCCGUGGAAUACGCAAAAUUUCGUAAGAUGGUAUUUUAAACAGUUUAUUUUCCUACUGCAAGAUGCAUUAAUAGUUUUUAAAGUCUCAUUAAUGAUUCUGAAACACACAUCUACUAUAUAGGGAGGACCAAUGUUUUCAUCAGAUAUAUCCUUGUUUCUUGCAGGAGAUUAAUUCUUUCCAAAUAUUUGGUUAAGUUAGUUAAGAUUGAUAACAUAUUAUUUAACUUUAUUUGCAGAUGAGAUAAUCGCACAAAAUUAAACUUAGUCUUUCCGUAUAAUGUGAAAACAGACAUAAUUUAAAUGCGGCAGUUUAAUACUGGUUUGCGUUCGAAACACGUAAGUCUCGCCACUCCAUGCAUUUUGGCGGGUCCGGUUAAACCGGUCACAUCUCGUAUGUGUUUUUGUUCUAAAAAUGUCCCCGUCGCUGUAUACCAAGUUCCAAACGCCACCACUAGUCCCUCUUUAAAGUACCUCCUCACACCGAUUUCCUUUCAGAAAAGGUGCUACCCUUAAAAAUCUGAGCAAGAUAUCUGGUAGAAAAGUUGUUAACAGAAAAAAUUAAAAUAUAAUACAAUAAAAUUUGUAAAACUAUAAGCUUUUUCGUUCCAUUUAGAAUAUUAAAAUGAUAUAUAGUCUAUCGUAUAGUAUUUGUAUAGUGUAUAUAUUGUUUAAUGUAGAAAAUAUUAUAUUUUAUUAAAACAAUUAUCAAAUUUAAAAAAAAAUGAUAUAAUAAUAUGGUAUACCUUAGCUAAAGGGUGAUUUUUUUUAUCAUGAAUCAGCAAUUAUCUAUGUGGAUUUUAAGUUAACUUGAUUUCUGUUUUUUCUAAUCUUUAUGGAAUCGUUUAAGCUUUAUUUUAAAACCAUUUUUAAUUUUUUACCAUAACUGCAUAUACCUUAAAUAAGUGAUUUUGAUUUUUAAAUAGAAACCCCCUUUUUGAACACAGAUUUGAAUAGAGAAUAUUUUUCUAGAAAUUUUGAUAUGCAUAACACUAAUAUCAGAUUUACCAUUUAUGAGUUAUAACAAUUAAAAGUUUAAAAGUUUAAAUCGGAAGAGUGGAAAAGGGUAAUAAAUUGCCUAGAAGGGUCAUAGGUAGGCAAUUAGUUACCCUUCCCUACUCCUCUGGUCUAAACUUAAACUGUUACAACUCAUAAACGGUAAAUCUGAUAUUAGUGUUAAAAUCCUCAUAAUAUCCUCUAAGAUAAUUGCUGGUUCAUAAUAAAAAAAUUACUCUGUAUAUAUACAUUUGUUUGCUUUUUUAUAAGAUAUUAAUAUAAUAUUAUAAAUUAUAAUCGAUAUAAAAGAUAAGUACGAUAAACGUAUUAUAUAAUAGUAUGAGUAUAUAGUAUCCAUUAAUCAUUAAUAAAUAGGUUUAUCCGAUAACUAAAAUUUAAUAUUUUCUAUAUUGUAUUGUAUAUUUUAUAACUAUAUUAUUUACAGUUUUUAAUAUAAGCGUAGUAUAGAAAUUGUUUUGGUGGGAACGUAGUCAUAUCUGAUUUGAUGGAAAAGAAGACUGUACACAUUUGAUGAAAAAGGGAAAGGUCAACUUUUGUUGGAAACGUGUUACGUACAUCAGAAUUGGUCACUAACACAUGCCAAAUUGGUUCCCGUUUGAAAAAGGUACUUUAUGAAGGUGAGCCAAAUUGGUUUCCGUUCAAUACCUACAUUUAAACAAUAAACACAAUAAAUAUAGGUAUAAUGUAGUACAUUUUUAAACUUUUAUCAUACUACAGCAGAUAUUGUACAGUUAUCAAAGUAAUACAAUAAUGUUAUAUCGGAGUAUUGCUAAAAUACCACAAUUGAUAACGUCAAUCCAUCUGAAUAUUCGUAUCUUUAUCGCAAUAUAUACCGAAUAUAAAAUAAAGAAGUGUUUUUAGUAUAAAAUACAAGUAAUUUUAUGUUAAUAAUCCGAAGCUGUAAGAAUGCGAAGGAAAAUGUGCGUAUUUGACUACCUUACUGCGAACAGUGGGAACCAAUUUGACCAGUGUAGUGGGUACAUCAUAAAUUUAAACAGAAACAAAUUCGGAUACAUCCAAAUAAAUAAUAUCAAAACAAAACUGCUAUAAUUCUUUAAUUACUAUUUGGCAAAUAUCAAAAUUAAAAAAAGACGUUCAAGGAUAAUGGAGACUAUAAGCAACGAUAAACCAUUACUAACGAAAAAAUGAUUCUGAGAGGAGUUCAGUUGAUAGUGAUGCUUUGUUAACAAUAUAGAUGUCAUUUUGUAGUAAAAUAAUUAAGUAAAUUAUAUAUAUUUUCUUUAAUAAAAUAAGUUUAAUGUUGUACAAAUUUUCCCAGUUUUUCUACGUUUUUCCAGGUAUUCCUAUGUUUUACCUCGGUUUUUCACAUUUGCUAGGAACUCUUGAGAAAAUCAAAAAAUGACCUCUCUAAAGUAUCAUCCUAGUGAAAUUUUCGUUUAUAAACGUGGCUGCCAUUAAAAGUUGGAGCAAUAUUGCUUGUAGAAAAGUUGUUCACAAAAACAAAAAAAAUCGUAAAAUUAUAUUUAUUAUAUUUCGUACAUUUUUCCGUUUUUUCUCGGUUUUUCACAUUUUUUUAGGAAACUAUUGAGAAAAUCUAAAAAUUACUUCCUUAAAGCAUCUCCCUAUGCCAAUUUCCUUUCAGAAAAAGUGCUACUCGUAGUAAUCCGAGCAAGUCUUCUAGUAAAAAAAUUGCGUACAUAUAGAAAAUAAAAACAUCUUUGUUAAACCCUAAGCUUCAUUACUCCACUCAGAAACUAAAAUUAAGAUGUACACAACACUUCUAAGACCAAUUAUUGUCCUAUGUCUUAUUCGGCUCUGAAACGUGUGCACUGAGAAGAACUAAAGAAUCGAGACUAAUAAUAUUUGAAAGAAAAGUUCUAUGGAAAAUGUCUUCGAUAGUUAAACCAAUGAAUGCAAACAACCAAAUAAUGAUGAACCCCGAACUCUUUCAGAAGCCGAAUAUACCUAGAGAUUAUCAAACGAAGACUGAGGUGAGCAGAUUAAUGCAUGGCGUAAACAGGGAGCGUUAGUUAAACGGGUCAUUGAAGAAGACCCUAUAGGAAAAAGACCGCUAGGUGGGCCUAAACUAAGAUUCCCAAUAGUUCCCCUAAGGGGGGACCUUUUGUGGAUGGGUGAGGGUUCGUGAAUACCCAAAAGGUAUGUUUACUUGUAUAGUGCAGGGGGAUGGGUACCAAGAAAUAAUUUUUGCCCUUCCCAAUUUAUUUUUAGUUCAGCGCCACUGAUCUCAUCUAUUUAUUUUUGGUUUAGCUAAAAAGGGAAAAUGGGGGUUCGUAAACCAGUGAAAGAUCAAGGGAUACGAGAAUGAAAAAAGGUUGAGAAACGCUAGUCUAGGGGACUUAUGCCACUAUGGUUUGCUUGUAUUAGAUUUUAAAGAUCUAUUUAUAUAUCAUUAGUCUAUGACCGUUUUGUAUUUGUGUUGUAUCCGUAACUGUAGAUCUAAUGGUACUAGUUACGAAUUAAGUUGUAUUUUAAUUUGUGGUACUUACGUAGACUUAUAUACAUUUAGACGGAACAUUUAGCAUAAAAACGAAUUUCUGUGAGCGGAGUUUCAUUUCGAGGACAGAAACAUGUGAAAUAAUAAACGGAGUUUUUUAAUUGGCUGUUCUCAGAGUGCAAAUUUGCCUCACACAAGGUUUUAUAUCAGCCUAUCUUUUUUUAUAUGUUCGGACCGACCAUGCAUCCCAUUCAUUGGGGUGAAUGUUUCGUUUAGAUGUAUAAAUCUAUGAAUACCACCUAGUCUUUAUUGUUUAGUACAUACUUCUUAAAUCCGUUCCACAAUUUCCAAUUUUGGACUACACACUUAUUUAUGUCAUGGUUUACUAAACAAAUAGGGACUACAGUUCAACACCGUUUAGAAUGGUCGUUUUUUUGUACACAGUAUAAAAAAAAAUCUUAGUAAAACCAAUACGUUCUUCGCUACACUCAAAAUCUAAAAUUAUUUUGAACAAUUUAAUUAUGAAUUUAUAGCACAAUACCUUAUAUCUUCUGAUACCUAUUUAUAAAAACAAAAUUAAAUAUUUGAUAAAACAAAAGGUAUUGCAUUUUUCAAAUAAUGUUGAUCCACAUUGUAUAUAAUAAUAAUAAUAAAGAAAAUUAUAAUAAAUAAAAUUGUACUUUGAAGUAUUAUAAAUUCGGUUAUUGAUAAUUAGUUUUAAUUUUAAAAAUAUUCAUUACGUACAUUAGAACUUCCAUAAGUCGAAAUAAAUAACGGUUCUUCAUGAAAACUUCGGAUCUCGAUCAAUCAUAACUCAUAAGAAACACAAUAAAUAACUCGAAUUAAUAUAAAUAUGAGCGUAUGAUAAGUAUAAGCGUUACUUUAAAUUUGGAUAUACUAUAUGUUACACUUUAUAUUUUUUUAUUAAAUUAAAAAUAUAAGAAAUUUAAUGUAUUAUUUUACAUUCGUUUUUACCUUUUUGAAGAAACCUGAAUUGUUGUUAUUUGGGAAAUCAUUUCUUUUUUUCCUCGGCUCGUCUACAAAAUUUAAGACCGUUUAAUUUUAUUCGCUUUCCAUGCAUAAUAACAAUAAAAUAGGUAUUAUUAAUAGAAAAACUCUAUCAAAAAAAUAUACAGUGGAACCUCGAUGAAUCGAAAUUUAAGGGAAAUGCAAUUUUUUCGGGUUGAAAAGUUUUUAGUAUUGUAAUUAUUAAAAUUACCCAAAUACAAAAACCUAUAUUUUUUAAAAUUACUUUUAAAGUUUUAACACUUUAAAGUCUGCUGACCAUUAUCUUUAAAUGGCUUUAUAUUGUAUUAUUUGUAUUGCUCAUUAAUAUUAAUAAACAACCAAAAUGUUGUAAAUUGGUGUAAAUUAUAAUAUAUUAUUAUUGUUGCUUAUUAUUCAAAUACUUAACCUUUUCACACGUACAUUUGUGUGUUUCUAGGGGAUUUUGGAUCCUAUCAACUACGACAGUUUUUACUUCAUCUUUUAUCGGCAUUUACAGCUGGUCUACAUAUGAUGGUUUUGACGACUGUUGCCGCCGUACCUGAUUAUAAGUAGGUACUAAUUGUUGUUAUUUAACAUCCACAUGGUAAGAACUUCUAUCGGUAUAGAAAUCACACUUAACUUCCCCCCCCCCCGCACAAACACGUCACUGACUAAAAUCAACGAUAAAUCGUUGUUUUUAAAACGUAAUUUUAAUAAAGAUUUAAUUAAAUAUAAAUGAUUCUUAUAGCCAUAAAAAUUCUAUAAUUUUACAAAUUUGUUAAAAAUGGUUCUGUUAUACAUUUUCCGAUUUUCGAGAUUUUUUUUAGUACUAGAUUUAUACUAGUUUUAGAACUAGUAUUUAUUGAAAUAUUGUUUUUAAAUAGUGUAAUGUUCCUUACUUGGUGAAUCAAUGUAGUUUUAGUGUAUAUUUCAAAUAUUAAUGUUAUGUAAUUAGUUCUUUUAGUCUUUGUUGUAAUUUAGAAAAAAUUACACCACUUUCAAAGUCCAUCAUUACGAAAAUUAAGGUUUUUUCAUUUGCAAUACGCAUUUUAUGUUAUAAAAUUGAAUAUAGAAAUUUUGAAUGAUUAGAUAAACAUCCAAUUCAAAUUGUACAAAAUUUUGAAUUAUUUAUAGUUCGGUGAAAAUCUAUUUUAGAUUCCGUGCGUAGCGAAGGAAUUAUUGGUUUUACAAUGCUGUUUAUUUCUUCUUUUUCUUUCUUUCUUUCAUUCUUUCUUUGUCCUAGUCUAUGGUCACGUUUUUUCCUAGUUGUCUAAAUAGUACUUUAACGUUAAACGUUACUUUAAACUUGUUAAAAAGUGUUUUGAAACCAAAUUUAAACGAAAAUCGCAAAAAAAAUUACGACACUUCAAAUUAUGUACUACCGAACUGCGUUCGGAAUCGUCUUUCGCCAAACAAUAGUUUAUCAUUGCUUACAGAUAUAAAUGAAAUAACCUUAUGUAUUCUACGUUCACAAAUUCUCACCUAGAAAUGGCCGUUCCCAUCCUCAUUAUAAACUCUUUUUUAUAGUUACAUAGAUAUUAAACUUAUUAUCCGAAAAUGUAUUUUGCAUAUUUUUACUAAUGGCUGGUUUAAAAGCGUAAAUACUGCAUAUUUUCUAAAAAUCCUUUUAUUUCAAUAAUUGUAUAGGUAUUUUAUACAUACAUUUUAAAAUGUUUAAUGUCUGAUGUUUAUAUAGGUGCAUACAAUAUGAAAAUCAUACUGGGUUCUUCGAUGAUGACUUCUUUAUAACUGAUGAGUGUAAAAUAACAAACGUAUAUAAUCAAACCAUAAAAUGUGAAAAAUGGGAAUUUGAUAAUACAUAUCAUGAACAUACUAGAGCUACACAGGUAAAUAGCAAAAAAAAAAAAGGUAGGACAUACAAUUAUUUAAUUUAUAUCUGUAAACAAUAAUAAACCAUUACAAAUGAAAAACGAUCGUGAGUAUCUGAGCGAAGUUUGGUUAUACAUGUUUUGAAAACCAUAAUUUUUAUAAUUUUGGCCAAAAUUUAAUACAAAAUACAUAUGAAUAAAACUACUAAAUUACACUUAGUUUUUUUUUUUUGAAUCACUAAAUACAACUUAUAAUGAACACUGUAAUAUAUUUUCUAUCAUUUCAGUUAAAUCAAAUAAUUUUAUCCAUAUACCUAAUACCUACCAAAUAAAAACUAAAAAAUCUCAAAAUAUCUCACAUGCCUAUUAUUAAAUAACCCAAAAAUGUCCAGAACGUUUUGAACAUUUUACCACGUCUAGAAAAAUCAAUAUUAUACAGUAUUUUGUAAAAAUAGCAAGGUUCUACAAUUAUUUUUAACAGAAUUACAACGAAUAGUAAAAUUGAAAAUAUUGAAACCGUUAUUAACUAUCCGUUUUUAUAAUGUUUUUUCUAUUUUUGGCUUGAUUGUUAAGAGAACUAUGGGUCCAUUUCCGUGCCUCCCCCUCAAUUUGUAAUUAUUCUAUUCAGGGCGAUCGUUUGUGCAUCAUUUUUUCUAGAAAAACACGAUAUCCGAAACUAUCGGUUAUUCCACACAUAUUGAGAAAAUAUAACUGUAGCAAAUAGUACUAAGAGUAAUGUAAUAUAUUAUACCCAAAAAAUACCAAUAUAAUUCAGUAUUCAGUGUGUUUUAUCGAACGCUUUUUUUUUAAAUAUUAUUGUAAUAAUUGAUGCAUAAAAUUAGUCUUUCUAAUGGUGGUUUCUGUGUGUCCCCCCCAAUUUGCUUCUUAAAUAAUUCCAAAAUUAAUUGUGCACAAACGACCGGAUAUCGUGCACAUUCGUGCCCAAACGAUGCACAAAUGAUCCCCCUGGGUAGAAUACCAAAAUUCCAAUUUAGGGGCCACGGAAAAAUACAGACUUUCUUAUUUAACAGCUAGAUACAAUUUCUUUUAGAAUAGAUGCUAAUCUUUAAAUUUAGAACAAUAUUACUGGUAAAAAAAAAUUGGAAAAAAUUUAAAAUAAUGAAAUCGGCAAUGCCGUAAAUUUGUUUGUUUUUCCUAUACGUUUAUUUCCGUUAAUUUCCUCAAUUAUUAUGAAAACUGAUUGAAAAAUCAAUGCACCAACUAGGUCCAAAGUACAACAAAAAAAGUAAUAUUUCAUUUUUUUAUUGGACCAAAACUUCUAGUAAAAAAUUGCUUACAGACAGAAAAAAAAAGAAUACAUCAUAGUAAAACUAAUAUACAGUGAAACCUCUGAAUAGCGGACACUCUCGGUCGCCGAAAUUUUGUCCGCUAUUUAGAGGAAAACUUGUUUUUUAACAAAUAAAUAAAUUCAAUAAUUUUAUUUUAUAUUAUUUUUACAUUAAUUGAAUACACGAUAAAACUAACAUUUAUGAAAAAAAAACAGUUACCUAAAUUUUUCUUUUAUUUUUACAUUAAUUAAAUACAUACAUCUUAAAAAUACAUCAUGUACAUACAUCAUUUCUGAAAAAAAUCUGUUACUUUAGUUUGUUCACUAAUUGCAGGCGUAGUUAUUUCUUAUGUUAAGGCAUUUUCUAAUUGGACUGUGUUUGAGAACAAUGAACUAUUCUGUACCUCGAUAGAAGAAAUAUAUUUACGUAUGUCUUUUACUGCUAGCAAUGCCUCUCGUAGACUUCUUAUUUUUGGAAUUUCUUGAUCUUCGGACCCAUCAUUUUCUUCAUCACUUUCUUCUUCAUUUUUUGUAGACAUGCUCGUAGUAUCAGAUGAAUUUUCGAUAUCGGCGUCGUAAGUCUCCACGCAAUCGUCUAGUGUUAUGUAGUCAGUUUCCGNUCUGUAACAUUGUUAUUACGGUGCCUAAAGCCGGACCGCAAAAAGCAUUUCUUCACUGUUUCGGGUUGAAUGUUUUUUGAAGAUGAAGACACCCAGUAAAUUGCGUUGGCAUAAUAUACAAUAAACGUUGGCAUCACAAACACAACUAAACGCACAUAGGACAAUGCAUUAGUUAUAAUACUUCGUUGACGCGAUAAUAUUUCAAUGACUGAACGGAUAAGAUAAGAUUUUCAUAUACAGUAUAAUAAUGUACACAUAAGAUAACUUAAUAAUUCAGGUUUUUAUUCAGGUAUUCCAAAAUAAUUCUUAAUUUAAGAUAAAAAUAACUAAUAUCAACGUCAUAAAAGUGUCCGUUAUUUAGAGUGUCCUGUAUUUAGAGGUUUUCCUAUACAUAAAUAGUGAAAAUGUUCCCGUCCCCGAAAAAACGUCCGCUAUAUAGAGGUGUCCGUUAAGGGAGGUUUCACUGUACAUUCCUGGCUACGCUAAAUUACAUGAUGAAUAAAGGCAAAAUUAAUUAAAAAUCAUAGAGGUUGCAAAAAUUGCUUACGUAUAAUACAAAAUAGAAAAUAUGCAACAAAAAAUUCAAAUUUUAUAUUUGAGCUCAUACAAUAACAUAAAUGUCUAUAUCACCCUGCUAGAUUUAAUUUCAAGCCAAAAAAAUAUAUUAAUACUAAAAGUCCCGAACAAUGAUUAUUAUUAUAACUUUUCUUAUACAGUUUUUAUGUUUAAUUUAUUUUUUUUAUUUGAAUAUAGUUAUUAUAUACUACAACGUGAGAAUGUUUUAACUUAAAUAUUUUUUGCAUUUACAGUGGAACAUGAUUUGCGAUAACCGAUGGAUGGGAUGUGUAGCACAAUCGAGCUACAUGUUUGGAGUAUUUACCGGUGCAGUUGUGCUUGGAAGUCUAGCUGAUAAGUACGAUGCUACUGCAGAUAUAAUAAUAUAAAAUAACGUCAAUGAAUUAAAUAGUUGAUUUAAUACGUGUAAUACACACAUUGUUAAACAUUAAAUAAUCGAUAACCUUUACUAUAUAAAAUAUUUCGUUAAACUAAAGAUAAAAAUAGAAAAUUUAAAGUUAUAAUCUUAUAAAUUAAAUCUUUAUUUAAUACGGGAGGUAUAGGUAUUAUAUGUACAUUAACUUAUUAAUGAACGAAUUACAUUAUUUAUGUAGGUGAUUGUUGAGAAACAAAUAUAUCCGAUUAUAUUUUCCUUUAAAACAGUUUAAAUUACGAGCCUUAUUAUAAUUUACUUAUACACAAUUAAUGAUUAAAAUUAUUAUUACGAUUUUAUUCCCACAUGUGUUUAAUAAAUAAUGAGUAAAUGCAUUCAUUGCAAACGAAAAUAUAAUGUUUGUAUAAUUUUGAAAGUUAAAUUAAUAUUAAAAUCAUAACGUUAAAAUACUUGAUUUAAACUUGUUAUUCUUAUUCAAAGUUAUUUUAUUAGUAGCUAAAUAUAUUAACCUAAAAAUUAACUAGGUAUAUUUUAUUAAAUUAUAAUAUGCAAGUAUAAUUAACGUUUGAAUAAGUAUUAAUUAAAUAUCAGCUUUAGACCUCUAAUAUAACGAGAAAAUUAAAGUAUAGGUUGAAACCUACCUAUAAUAAAUUUCAUUAUUCAUUAUCAUACUUUAUAAAAUAAUCUUUGUAUUUUAUGAUAUAUUGCAUUUUUGCUUCGUUAAUAUAAUUUCUACAGUUGAUAAUAUAAACAGGCAAAAAAAAACUAUGACUAAAUAUUUUCAAUUAUUUUAUUUUACUUAGUUAUUAUAUACUUUAAAUCUAUUAUACAUUUAUCGUAAAGAUAUUUGGAAAUCCCCUGCAGUUUUUGCUAAUUUUCGAAAGAAUUAGGUAAAACCAUUAAAAAAUCUGCGGAUUUAAUCAACGAACAAUUUUUGUCACAUAUUAUGAAAAAAAAAAAUUUGUCACCUGUAAAAUUUACCCUUAAACCAUAUAAAUUUGUUACUCUAUACCUACUUAUUUAUUUUAUUGAAAUUAUGAAAAUAUCAUUCUUAUAGAGACUUCAAAUUAGUAAAAUAGGCACCUAUUCGAUAUGUGGCAGAUUAUUACAUUCUUUAUAUAAAUAAUAUUCGAAACAUUUCAAUCAUUUAUUUAAAAACCCUUAAAAUGUUUUAAAAAAAAAUGUCUGUACAAUAUUUAUAAAUAUUAACUACUGUGCAAUUUUAAUAAUAAUUGCUUUUGCACCUAUAGUCCCUUGUUCAAAAAUAAUAAUAAAUUAUGAACAUAAAUUUUUCUAUGGUUUAAAAUAUUAUUUUUCGAAUAAAAAUAAUAGGUACCCUCAAAAAAUUAGAGUUGUUGCGUAGUUGACUAUACUAUAUUACAUAAUAUACGAUAGGAAUUAUAAUAUUAUACACAUAGACCUUAUACUAAUAGACGUAUAGUCGAGCUUUGUGCAUGUAUGUCGCAGUCAAAUAUAAAAGGUAGGUACUUUUUUUUGACUGAGUGACUAAUAUACGACAGGUAGUAAAACAACUGUAUUCUUAUCACGUUAUUUCAUAAAUUAUAAUGUAUAAUAAAUUAUUAUACAGCUUUUAAGUCAUAAGUUAAUGUCCUUAUUCGUUAUUAAUUUGUUUUUUUUUUUUAACUAUUAACAAUAAAAAUGGAUUAUAAUUUGUGUGAUUUGGUCUAAUAAUCGGAACUAAUCAACAUAUUUGAAUUUACACUUAUAAAAGUAUAUAUAUGUUAAUAUACAUAAUAUCAUUGAUUUUAUUAUACAUAAAAAAAAUAAAAAUUAUAUUACAGAUGUCAUUAAAUUCUUGAUAAUAUGCAAUGUGAUUAUUUACCGAUUCCAAUAUAAUAUUAUUUUGCGCAAUGUAAUUUUACGGAGUGAUGCAACUAACGUCACGUCUUAUGUUUGAUCGCAGCUCGUAAUUCAUGCAAUAUACGGAAAGCUCGUCUAUUAAUCAUAAGGUCUAUGAUUUAUACCUAAUCGUGAUUCAUUGUUUAAAGUUAUUUUUCGGGACAACGGAAUUAUAGAGUAAGCUAUGUAGUACUUCGAUAACGUAAAUUCCAUAACAAAAGACACAAAAUAGCAAAUAUUGUAUAUUAAAAUGAUAGUACAUUUGAUUCUGACUUAUUUAUUUUUUCUUAAACUUUUAAGAGGUUAAAACAAAAUUGAAUUGUUUCGAUCUCAAAAUACACAUGUAAUAAUAUUAUUAUAUAUAUACUGUCCCGGAAAAUAGAUUAUCAAUGACGUUAUAACGUAGCAAUUAUUAUAUUCAUUCAUCAAACAUCAACACUUUUUGAUUCCGAGCGUAGCGAGGGAGCUUUUGGUUUUGGAAUGCUGUUUAUUUUUUUUUUUUUUUUGUUCUUUGUUCUAAUCUGUGGACACGUUUUUUCCUAGUAAACUUACUCUUAUGUAUAAGUGUAGUAUUUUUUCUGAAAGUUCAAGUUGUCUAGAUUGUAUUUUAGAGAGAUCAUUUAUUGAUUUUCGGCGUCAUUUUUUUAAAAAAAAGCAUGUGGAAAAAACCGUAGAAAAACGUACAAUUUCACGAUUUCAUAAAAUUAUAAAAACACGGACAAUGUUUUCUACCAGAAAAAAUAAUUUAAUCGAAAAAUCAUACGACACCUUUUUUGUUGCCUUUUUGAUUUACUCUCUUACGGUAUUAUGGCCAAAACUUUUGAGCCAUUUUUGAGCUUUUAAGGAAUUUUAAUUUUUGGAAAUUUUUUUUUCUGUAAUUGGAUUAUAAAUACAUUUAGAGACUUGAAACUUGGUAAUAAUACUGAUAUUGGACUUACCUAAAUAUGGUAAAAUUUCUAAGAUCAUCGGACGACUUUUUUCCUUUUUUUAAUUUUUUUUACAAUAAUACUUUUUUUCUUUUCUUUAUAUCACUUUUAUCCUAGAAAACUUGCUUCGAUGUAUAAGUGUAGCACCUUUUCUGAAAUUAAAUUUUAUCUACUUGGUAAAUAUGUAAGUCAUUUUUUGAUUUUCGAAACAACAUUUAAAAUAAAAACAACUAACCGGGGAAAAAAAUACGAUUUUUUCAUGAUUUCAUUAUUUUAAAUAAGUAUCUACCACGUUUUAUAGCACAAAUUUAGCUCCAAUUGAAAAACGACAAGAGACCUUUUUGUUGAAUUUUUUUUUAAUACGCGUUUUGAAAUCAAAUUUAAACGAAAUUCGCCAAAAAAAUUACGGCACUUCAAAUUAUGUAUUAUCGAACUGCGCUCUAAAUCGUCUUUCGUUAGCAAUAGUUUAUCGUUGCUUACAGUUAUAAAUGAAAUAAUAUUAUGUAUUCUACCUUCCCAACUUCCCACCUACAACAUUGGCUGCUCCCGUCCAGUAUCAGCUCUUUUUAAUUUUAUAACUUAAUAUUAGUUAAAUUACUAUUUAGAUGUUAUAUUUUAAAACUACUAUUAUAUUAUACUAUGGUCACAUCAUUGAGAAAUAAUAUAAUAGUAAUAUUAUUCUUCGUUGAAAUACAAGCAUGUUAAAAUGAUCGAUGCCAUCUCAUAGGUUCUAUCUAAACUUGUAUUCAUUUUUAUUUUUUUAAAUAAUUAACGAUAGCUAAGGCACAAUUUUUUCAAUAGGAAAUAUCUGAGUGAAUUUCAAACUGAUAUAUAUUUAUACAUAUAUUAUAAUAAUUAUAAUGUUUAAAAGUUAAAUAAUUAUAGAAAAUAUAUUCGACAGACUACUACACUUAAACCUGUGCAAUUGUCACCCAUAUAGUAACCAAUGAAUGUUACCUGUAACAAAACAAUAUUAUUUUCAUUGAAUAUUAUAUUAUAGUAAUGACCUCAUACCUACACGUAGAUAGUAGCUAUAGCUCAAUCAAGGGGGCUGUCUAAAAAUUGUAAUGCACCACGAGUAUAAAUAGUAUAUUAUUUUAUAACCUAUAAACUAUAGCUGUCAUUAAACGAUCGUAACUAAAAUAUGCCAAGGAAGUAUCCCUCCUUGGCAUAUUUCAGUAAUAAUUUGAAUAAUAAUAAUUUGAGUUACCUAGAUUUUAGGUUCUUUCAGAUUGUUACAGUUUUAUUUUAAUAUAAUUUUUUUACAGCCCUUAACCCGCAGAUAACUGUCGAUCUCGGUUGUUAUACUCAUGAAUUUAUUUAAUACCCAAUGCAAUACGCAAUUAAACUUAAAUAUGGGUAUCCGUAUAGAAUUUAUAUAGAUACUCGUGAAUAUUUAAAAUUUGUAUUGCAAUUUUUAAAAUCAUUUUUGUUUUUAAUUCCUUUUUUAUUAUAAUUGUAUUAAUUAUUUCGUUUAUAGUAUAAAUUUGUAUUGGUGUUACUUAUUGAUUGUUUUGUGUACCCCUAUUUAAACAGAUUUGGUCGUAAGAAGAUUUUCUGCAUUUCAGCUGUAGCACAACUAAUUCUUAGUGUCGGAGUUGCGUUUCUUAACAACUAUUGGGUAUUUAUAGCUACAACAUAUGUGUAUGGAAUUUUUGGUUCGUCCGGGUCUUACAUUUCGGGAUUCGUUUUAAGUACGUGUAUAUUCAAAACAUUUUUAUUUUUUUUAGAUUAUCUAUUGAUUUAAAAAUCUAAUUUUAUUGAUUCUGUUUUAAUUAUAGCUAUGGAAUUAGUUGGACCCACCAAACGUUCCGUAUGCGGAAUUUUAUUUCAAACCAUAUUCGCUUCUGGUAUUAUGGCCGUAUCGGUGUGGGGUUAUUUUAUCAGAAACACCUUUGUACUUCAAAUUAUUUACGCCUUACAUAGUUUAAUUUUAAUUCCUCAUUUCUGGUAAAAAGUUUAUUUGAAUAUAUUUAAGUAUUAUAUAAAUAUUAAUAUAUACAUUUUCUAUAAAUACCCACUUAAAUAUGGAAUAGGUUAAUCGACGAAUCUCCUAGAUGGCUGUGGGGACAAGGAAGAAAAGACGAAGCAAUUAUAAUUAUACAAAAAGCACUAAAAACCAAUAACAAGCCCGCGGUGUCAUUAGCAUUAGAAAAAGAACAAAGGGUAUCAUUGUCGUUAGAUAAUGAUAACGACAAUGAAAAAGAAAGUCAUACAAAUCAAUCGUUUUCGAUAUUAGAUCUUUUCAAAACGCCAAGUCUGAGGAAAAACACAAUUCUUAUUUGUUAUUUCUGGUAAACAUAACAAAUACCAUAAAUUAACAAUUAAUAAAUUUGUAUGAGAAAUUAGAAUAGUGAUCCCAUUAAAAUAUAAUAAAUUAAUAUAUAUUAUAGGUUUGCUGCUAGUUUUGGAUAUUAUGGUAUUUCCCUCCGAACUUCAAAACUAAAAGGGAACCCUUAUUUUAUGUUAUUUUUAAUGGCCGCUAUUGAACUCCCGAGUUACGUGUUUGUAACAUUAUCAAUGGAUCGUUUAGGAAGACGGUUUCUGAAUAGCUCUAUGAUGAUUAUUGGAGGGACUGCUUUGCUCAUUUCUGCAUUUCUUCCACCGGGUAUGUUAAAUGAACUAAUAUUAAUUUCUUUGCACGUUUUGUAAUAUAUUCAUAUAUUACCUGUGAAAUAACUUCAGAUUCACUGGCACAGACAAUAUCUACCACUGUCGUCUUUCUCGGAAAAUUUUGUAUAGCUGGAGCUUUUGCUAUCAUAUACAAUUAUACCGUCGAACGCUUCCCUACUGUAGUCCGAAAUACUGCUAUUGGACUUGGAAGUAUGUUCGCGCGCUUGGCCGGUAGUUUUACUCCUUUUGUUGGUCUAAUGGUAAGUAAAAUUAAAUAUUUUAAUAUAUACUUAAAACCUAUGAACAGUAAACUAAAAUAGAUCUAUAAAAUAUUACCUAUAUAAUAUUACUAUUAAGUAUUAAGUAUAUAUAAUAUAUUUUGUAUAGGUACUAUUAUUUGCAAUUUGAAUCAAUAAAAAUAAGUAAGUAGAAAUCAAGCCAUACAGGGGUGAAUUGUAAUGAGUUGCUUAAAGAAAACACACAUUUUUAUUGAUUUAUAUAAAUGCAUGUCAUUCAUUUUCAAAAAUUAAAUAAAAAUAUAUUACUAAAAAUAAAAUAAUGAAGUUCAUUAACAUGGAUAAUUUUAAAACUACGUGUUUAUAAAAAUAUUAUUUCCAUAGAUACCUCAAAUAUUGCUGCAAUCUAAAAGUUUCCGAUGAUAUACGAAGACGCGUAAUUUAGAUAUUUUGUUUUAGUCCUUAAACAAAAUUUUCCAAAAAAUAAACCAGGCCCAAUAAAUUCUUUAUAUCUCAAAAUGUUUAAACAUCUACUAAUAUUCAGGAUAAUACAAAGAUAGAAAACGUUAUUAAACGAAAAAAAUUCAAUAAAGAAAAUGAAAAGUCAUACUAUAUUAUAGAUAAUAAAAUAAUAAAAUAAUAAACUAAUUGUAUUACUUUAUAGCUAUAAUAAUUCUGUUAUCAAAAAAUGUGUAACCCUGAUAACUAGUUGUUGAUAAUUAAUAAAGCUGUAGUUAUUAUCUAUAGUUUCGGCGAUGCAUAGCGCUAUAGUUUUAGUUACCCUUAAUUUAUGUGAUAUAAAAAUAAAAAUCGAUAUUCUUGGAAAGCGGGAAUGAGAUGAUGGAAGUCGGGAAUCUUCUGAAGUGAAGAUUAUAGGGUAAUACAUACAAGUACGUCAGAAAAAAAGCUGGGCACAGGAGGAGUAGGAAUCAUAAUAGUCCUGGUAAAGAAAGUUAAACACUAUAUUAAAUAUGAUGACAGAAUCAUCAUAUUCAAAUUUCAGACGAAACCGAGAGAUACAAUAGUAAUGCAGAUGUAUUUCCGACAACAAAUAGUAGUGAUGAGGAGGUAAAGGAAGUGUAUGAAAAUAUAGAUAAAUUAUUUGAAAAUAUUAAAUUUUAAGAUACUAAUAUAUAUAUAAUAAUAAAAGGUGACUGGAAUACCGUAGUGGGAGAAGAAAAAGUGAAUUAUUGUUAUCCUGUUAUCUUAACUUGAUUUCUGAAUCUGCUCUUAACCAUAUAUAAAUAUGUCAAGUACCAGGAGACAUAUUUAUGUACCAAAUUUACUACAUCAUGGUUAAGAAGAUAUUCAGAAAUCAAGUUAAGAUAACAGGAGAUACCCAGGAACAGAUAUAUAUAGUGACCAUAACGUAGUUAUGAUGAAAUGCAACCAUAAAUUCAAGAUAAUAGUGAUGAAAGGAAAAAUGGUACAAUGAAAAAUUAAAAAUCAAAAAGAUGAAAAACAAGGAAAUAAUAUAUCUAAUGUACAAAUGAAGUGAAUAUAUAAGAAUAUCAGGACAUUAAUGAAUGGUGGUAGAAUUUAAGGAAUAUAUGUAGUGAGGUAAAGACUUUUAUGAAAAAUCAAAACCAACAAAUUAAAAGCGUUUUCCAUCCUUGAGAUAACCCCAUAGCUGAAUUUUGUGACAAAAAGUACACAUUUAUAUGUAUACAAUUAUUACUCAUAUUAUAACAUAUGAUUUAUAAGAUAUACAUUUAAUAAAUAUAAAUAAAAUAAGUUAAAUAAAUAUAACAAUAUUGAAUAUUAAAGGGUACACUCAUUCAUAUUUUGUUAAUCUAUUCUAUUUGUAUGUGAUUUAUAGGACUCUUUCGAUGAAAGAACCCCCAUAAUCACGUUCGCUCUAGUUACACUUUUUGCUGGCAUUCUGUGCACUCUGUUACCGGAGACACUCAAUACUAAAAUGCCUCAAACCAUGCAAGAUGGUGAAGAUUUUGGAAAAGGAGACACGUGUUUCUCAACUGGGUGUUUUGGAAGUUCGAAAAAACAACAAAAAGAAAAAGAUAUACCACUUGAAAGUUACUAACUUUAAAACAGAAUGUAAUGACAUGAUCACAUUUAGAAUCAAAGUCAUUGACUUAAUUUUAUUAUUUUGUAUAUUAUUAUUAUUUUUAAAUGUACAUCCUAUAUUUUGAAGAUACUUAAAAAUCGACUUACAUGGUUUUGUCAUGGAAACUGCGAUAUCUUCAUUUUAUAUUUUAUUUUGUAA